UCCAACCCGCCCAUCUUCAUCCUCCUCUUACUCACCACUCAUCUCCCCUCCCCGGCCGCCUCCGCCCUCUCCCGCCGCCGCAGCGCGCCGCCUCUCUGUUCCCCUCGCGCCGCGCUGCGCGCUGCACGCCCUCCCGCCCACAUUUUCUUGCCUAGUCGCGUGGCCAUUCAAACACACCUCGGCCACUAGCCGAUCUCCCGCCGAGGCUCAGCCACACAAGCUGCCAGCCCGGGGCGCGCGUCCCCCCUACACCCAGCGCCGGGAUGGCGCUGUCGCGCGAUGGGAGUGAGAGCGCGAACGCCGCGGUCGCCGUGUCGGUGCCGACUCCGGUUCCGACUCCGACGCCGCCGCCGCCUCCGACACGUGGCGUGAUCGCGAUGCGCGGCCCACCACUCGCCGUCUUCCAGCUCAUCCACGUGCCCCCGAGUUUGCACUCGAUGGUCGCGGGCGCCGGAGCAGGUCUCGUGAGCUCGAUCGCUACAUGUCCGCUGGACGUCGUCAAGACGACCCUCCAGGCGCAGAGCGUUGCGCGAGGCGACAAAGGCUACGAGGGCGUUACGAAAACUAUCAUCCGCAUCUACCGUCAGAGCGGGCUGCGCGGCUUCUACCGCGGCCUUGGCCCAACAAUAGGUGGAUACCUCCCUACAUGGGGCAUCUACUUCACCGUGUACGACUUUAUCAAGGACCGCUUGCGGCGCGUCCCGCUCGCCGUCGCCCACCCAGACAUGUCGCACGUGGUCGCUGCCAUGACGGCCGGCGCGACCGGGACAAUCCUCACCAACCCCCUGUGGGUCGUCAAGACGAGGUUCAUGGCACAAGCGAUAUUACCCCCAACAGCGAAGCGAUACCGCAACACAGUGCAGGCGUUUUACACCAUCUACAAGAACGAGGGCAUCCGCGCAUUCUACAAGGGGCUGCUGCCGAGCUUGUUCGGCGUGUCACACGUCGCCGUCCAGUUCGGGUUGUAUGAGAAGAGCAAGUCGUGGGCAGGCCGUGACGGACGACAGCUCACGCCAACGUCGAUUCUCGUGUGCUCGGCCUUCUCCAAGAUGGUGGCCUCGCUCGCGACAUAUCCCCACGAAGUACUGCGUACGCGUAUCCAAGUGCAACGCAACCGCCCAGCAGGUCCGCCGCAUCCGACCGUGCCGCCAGAACCGAUCGGCUCGGGACCCAUCGGCGCACCAGCGGGCUCGUCGACGCGCGUGUCACACGCGACGCUGUACUCGCCCCUCGUGACGGGCUCGGAGCCACCAUACCCAGAGAGGACCGAGCAGCCGCUCUCGGGCAACGGGAGAUUACGGAGAUGGCAGCCCAAGCGGGGCGGGAUCAUCGACGUAUGCCGACUCAUCUACCGCCAGGACGGGUGGCGCGGGUUCUACCGCGGGCUCAGCAUCAACCUCGUGCGCACCGUGCCAAGCUCGGCCGUCACCAUGCUGUCGUACGAGCUCAUUAUGCGCAAUCUAGCAUUGUCCUCCUCAUGAAUGCAUCGUGUUACAUAUCAG